AUGAGAUUUUGGAAGCAUUCUAACAGGUUUUCAAGAUUCAUAAUUACAACUGCAAUCAACAACGAGAGAUUCUGGAAAAAUGUUUAGGCAAGGAAUAUAACAGUAGUUGCAUCUAUAUCAGUGUUAACAGCAAUAAUCAAUUCUUUCCCAAUUACAAGGAUUUGCAAGAGAUUGAACUCAAGUUCUCCAAAGAAAAAUAAUAGCAUGACGAUAAUCUCAUAGGUCUCAAAAUCAUUUUUAUCCUUAGAAUUGAUUUAAAACAAUGUUCAAUAAGAAACUAAUGAAGUUAAAAUUUAACUGGACCAACUUCUCUAUAAUUAAAGUGAAAAGCUCAAUGAUUUCAAAUCCUACGUAUCAGAUAUCUAUUUAACUAAAACUGAUAUUCGUCAAUUCAAAUCUAAUUCUGAUGAGAGGAUUAUUAAAUUGUAAGAUUAAAUUCAGUAAUUCCAAACUAAGUUCGCCCUUAAACUAUACACAGAAUAGCAUAUUGUAAUCAAUGCCAUUUUUAAUCAUUAGAUUGACAUCAAAUAAGCCAUUACGUAAAUAUAGUAAGCGAAUAACUUAAUCAAAUAAGAUUCCUAAACUUUGCAUAAGCUGAAUCGAGAUAAUAGAUAGAUGAUUAAAUAGCAUAAUGAGUAGUUUUCUCAAAAAAUUGAUAAUCUCCAAAAAGAAUAAUAUAAAAUAUGUGAAUUUGAAAUGGAGGUUGAAAAAAUGAAGAUCUAAAUUUAAGAAUAAAAAUCAGAAAAUGAGAUAAUGCAAAAUAAAGUAAAAUCAUUGUCUCAGUUAUUUUAAGAAUUGGAAGUGAAUAAUUCUAAGGUGGUUAAAUUUGAAAUUCAUACGGCAUUCAAAAAGGUGGAAGAAGAAUUUUUCUAUUUUAAAAACCGACAACAAAGCUUUUAGGAUUAAUUAUAAGUGAUUAAGGAACAAUUCUCAAAAUCAGAUAUAGCGUAGACUCAAUUUGAAAAUGGUGUUAAUCAAUAGUUUGAUUUAAUAUCUGCUGAAUUAGUUAAAAAGAAUUAAAUCAUCAAGUCGAUGCUUAAAAAUAUCACACUUCUUCAGUAAUCGGAAAAAAUUCAAAUUUAAUCUGAUUUACCAAACAAGGUGGCAAUUUUAUUAUCAAAAGUAUCAUCUUUUGAAAAAACUUCAAAAAUAGCUUUUGAUCAACUCAAAAAGAUUAUGGAUGUAGUUUAAGAAUUCUGUGAAACAUCUUAAAUUCCUUCGGAAAGUAAAGAAAAAGAUCUCACAAAUCUAAUUCUUUUGUUAGAUAGAAGGAUGUUUGAAUAUGAGAAAUCGAUCUAUGAUCCUCAAGUUCAUUUAGUGUAAAACGCAACGGUAAGAAUUAAUACACCAAGAAUUUCAACCUCAGUAGAUUCCCCAAUGAAAGUGGGUAAUUAAAAACAGAAAAAGACCAAAUUAAGUAAAUUGUUAAAUAAGACAGUAUAUUAUGAAAGUAGAAGAGAAACAAUAAUUUGA